UUUCUCUGCAGCUCAAUAUCUGAAAUUUCUCUAUUCAAAAUGUUGGUCUGGAUUACCUAUCAUUUAUACAAGUACCCUCUGGUUCUUCCCGAGAACCCAACCAUUCAAAACAUCAAAGAAGAAAUUCGGGACGAGAAGUACCUUAAAUUUGCAGUGGACGACCAACAGCUAUUCUGCAAUAGUACCCUGCUGGAAAAUGAAAAAAAAGUUGAAGAUUAUGGAAUUACAUCUGAUUCUGAUAUCAUUCUUCGUGUUAUUAGGCGUGUGCAGAUUGAGUAUAAAUCUCUGAGAUUUGGUGUGAUGAUUUGGGAUGAAGAAAAGGUUUCGAAACUCAAGAACAGAGUUGCAAGCCUGAUUUAUAUUCCCGUGGAGAAGCUGGUGCUGCGUUACGAUGAUAGAGAGUUGCAAAAUGAUGAAGAUAUCUCAAUUAUUUCUGUUAGGCAUACUGUUUAUGCGUAUGUGAAAUUUGUGGUUCAAAUUCUUGGAUUUAAACGCAUAUACAAAGUAGAAGUCCAUACCAUGAUGAAAGUUGCAGCAUUGAAGCAGAAACUUCAAACUGAAUAUGCACUCGACAGUACAAAAAUUAAGCUAAUGAGUGGCGAUAUGCCUAGAACUUUUCUCCAGGAUCGUGCUUAUCUGGAUAUUUAUGACAUUAAAGAAGAAACUGUAAUCCAUGCAGUUGGUGGUGGAGUUGAGUAGAUUUAUGUUAGUUUAUCAUAUAAUAAAGUUUAUCAUAUAAUAAGAGUAUAAUAAAAGAGCUAGGGAUAUUUAAGUUGA